AUUAUCCCAAAGUAUUAUGAGCAAAAACAUUGUCUAAAGCCUAAAACGACGCCGUCGACGUUUUCUUGUUUGGCAAAAACAAAAAAGAGUUCGGUGAUGAUGAAAGAUGAACGGAGGCGAGAAGAAGAAGAAGAAGAUAACGGCAAAUCUGAAGUCGUACGGACGGUGACGGAGGAAGAGGUUGAUGAGUUUUUCAAGAUAUUACGGAGAGUACACGUGGCGGCACGAACGGCUGCGAAAGUUAACGGCGGUGAUGAUUAUGAUGAUGAGCGAGGGUUACUACCGUCUAAGAAGAGGAAACGGAGUCAGAGUAGUAACGGCGUUCGUGAUGGGAUCAAUCGGGUCGGGUCACUGGGUUUGGAUUUGGAUCUGAACUGUAAACCGGAACCAGACGGCGUUACUUUGCCUUGUAGUCCUUCUACUUUACGUCCAAUAAUUAAAUUCUAAUGUAUUACUAAUUAUCUUAAAUAUGAUUUUUUUUGUCUCAAAUUACAUGGUGAAUUCUUGCAUUUAAUUAAUAAAUCUUUUGUUUCAAAA